GUUUUCCUCACCCUCGCAGAAACAAACCGACUCACAGUUACCCUUUCCUCUUAAUCAAAUCUUCAAAAGAAACCCUAAAUUUUUCUCCUUUUUAGUUACUCUCCAGAGGAGGACUCAACAACCGAGAUUCUAUUAUUUAAUUCAAGCCCAUCAAAAUCAAUACGAUGAACACCCAAUACGUAUAGCCCAGAAACGUUUUCUUGAUUUGUAUUUUGUAUUCUGUUCAAAAUUUUGAAACAUAUCAAGAAGAAUAGCGAGGGGAUAUUGAUUCCAGUGUUGUUUUUCAAGCCAUGGCAAACGGUACGGAUUCGGAGAAUAAGUUUGUGGUGUUAUCAAAGAUCCGGACGGGUUUUAAGAGGGAGUUCGAGUUUGCUUUGAAGGUUCAAUCAGAGAUCUGCGGGUCAAUGGGGCGGACCCGGUCCAAGAAGGGACAGGAUAAUGUGGAUUCGGGCCAUGAGUUGGUUUCUCCGCCGCAAAAGAAGUUGAAGACUUAUGUAUCGAGAAGGAAAAGGAAAGAUGAGCCGCAGGUUGUUGAUGUUCUGAAGGAUCUUGAUAAAGACACAGAGGUUAUGAGCGAAGAAGAGGCGAAAAGUGACGUGGUAGAUGUGGUGGUUGAUGAAGUCAAGGUUGAGAGUAUUUCUAAUGUUGUUGGGCUGAUGGCUACACCCCGUGUUGAGGGGGAACUGAUGCAUGAAGAGGAGAUAGAGAAGGCGGAAUUAUGUGAGAAUGAUGGCGAAAAAGCUCUUGUCUACGAAAAGGGGGUUUUAGUAAAUGUGGAAGAGGGCAAGGGCGAAAACAAUCAUUUAGAAAAGCGCAAGGGCGAAAACGAUCAUGAAGAAGAGGGCAAUGACAAAAAUCAUCAUGAAGAAGAGGGCAAGAAUGAAUCUGAAAAGGUGCUAAUUGGCGUUGACGAGGAGAAAAUCAAUGGAUGCGAUGAAGUGUUAAUGGAUGUAGAGGAAGAUAAGUGUGAAAAAAUGGGUGAAGAGAAAGAGACUGAAAAUAUAGUAGUUGAUGUUGAGGCUGAGAAAAGGAAGACUCAAAACUUAGUAGUUGCUGUUGAAGAUGAGACAAAAAAUGAGACUGAAAAUGUAAUAGAUGGUGUCUUAGAGGGUAAAAAGAACGAGACUGAAAGAAAAUUAAUAGAGAAUGGUUUGGUUGAGGGGGAUUUGAACGUAAAGGUAUUGAAUAAUUUGUGUGAGCCAGUAUGGAAGGAAUCUGGUGAUUUGUGUGAAGAAGGCCCUGGUGCAUUAGAACCUGUCGUGGUUGGUGGUAAUGAAGAUGCUGAGGUAGCGAAUGGGGUCUUUGAAAGGCCUUUGAGAAGGUUUACGAGAUCCUUGUUACAAUCAGUGAAGACAGAGGGUGGAAAAGAGAGCAGUGUGAAGGCAGAAAGCGGUAAUAGAGCACCUAGUCCAUUGGUUAUUACUCCAAUGAAGCAAGACAACACAAUGAAGUCAAAGAAGGUGACCAGAAAGUUUUAUACCAAGUUGAAGGCUUUUCUUGAGUCAGGUAUACUUGAAGGAAUGCCUGUAAGAUACAUUCGUGGCUCCAAGGUAAAAGGUCCUGUUGUUACGGGGCUACAAGGAGUGAUUAAAGGUUCUGGGAUAUUGUGUUUUUGUAGUGACUGUCAAGGGGAUGAAGUUGUUACCCCUACUGUGUUUGAGUUGCAUGCUGGUAGCACAAAUAAGCGUCCACCAGAGUAUAUUUAUCUGGAAAAUGGCAAGACACUCCGUGAUGUGAUGAAUGCUUGCAAAGACUCACCAUUGGAAACCUUGGAAGAGACUGUCCGUAUGGUUGUUGGUUCUUCUAGGAUGAAGUCUGGCUUUUGUUUGAACUGCAGAGGUUCUAUCUCUGAAGUUGGGACAGAGGAAAUGCUGCUAAUAUGUAAUUUGUGCCUGGAUUUGAAGGAGCCUGAAGCUGUCUCUGCUGGUUUGACUGAGACUAGUGAUGGAUCUCCAGAACCAAGUUCAGCCCAAAAGUUAUCUCACAGUGCAAUGAAGAAUAGUAGUUCGUCAAAAAGUCAGGGAAGAGUAACUAGAAAGGAUCUGCGGAUGCAUAAACUGGUCUUUGAGGAAGGUGGCUUGCUGGAUGGAACUGAACUGGCAUAUUUUGUUCGUGGCCAGAAAUUGCUUGUUGGGUACAAAAUGGGUGCUGGAAUCUUUUGCUCUUGCUGCAAAUCAGAGGUUAGCCCCUCACAGUUUGAAGCACAUGCUGGUUGGGCAAGUCGUCGUAAACCCUUCCAGCAUAUCUACACAUCCAAUGGAGUUUCUCUCCAUGAAUACUCUAUAAAACUAUCCAGAGAAUGGAAGUUCUCUACUAAAGACAAUGAUGACCUUUGUGGCAUUUGUAUGGACGGAGGGAAUCUACUAUGUUGCGAUUCAUGUCCUCGGGCAUUCCACACAGACUGUGUCUCUUUACCGGGGAUCCCGAAGGGUCCUUGGUACUGUAGAUAUUGCCAGAACAUGUUCCAAAAAGAAAAAUUUGUGGAGCAUAAUGCCAAUGCUAUAGCUGCUGGAAGGGUCCUAGGAGUUGAUCCUAUAGAGCAGAUAACUAAUCGAUGUAUCCGGAUUGUUGAAACUCCUGACACUGAAUUAGGUGGAUGUGUUUUAUGCAGGGGACGUGAUUUUUGCAAGUCAAGAUUUGGUCGUCGCACUGUUAUACUUUGUGAUCAGUGUGAGAGAGAAUAUCAUGUUGGCUGUUUAAAGGAUCAUGGAAUGGACGACCUUAAGGAGCUGCCAAAAGGAAAGUGGCUCUGUUGUGCAGAUUGCAAAAGAAUUAAUUCUGCUUUGCAGAAGUUGGUUGAUCAUGGGGAGGAGAAGCUUCCGGAGACUUCUCUAAAUGUCUUAAAAAAGAAGAACGAAGAUAACACUUCAGAUUGUAUGCCUGAUGUUGAUGUUAGAUGGAGGGUUCUUAGAGGGAGGAAUAUGGAUGCUUCUGAUGGUACUAGAGUGUUGCUUUCCAAGGCAGUUUCUAUAUUCCACGAUUGUUUUGAUCCGAUCGUUGAAUCUCAAUCUAAACUUGAUCUCAUCCCGUCAAUGGUUUAUGGGAGGAGUCAUAAGGGGCAAGAUUACCAUGGGAUGUAUUGUGCGAUAUUGACAGUGAACCAAGUUGUUGUAUCAGCUGGAAUCUUCAGGGUUUUCGGGCAGGAACUUGCAGAGCUUCCUCUGGUUGCAACUAGCUUAGAAUGUCAAGGCCAGGGUUAUUUCCAGUGCCUUUUCUCUUGUUUUGAGAAACUACUUAGCUUCUUAAAUGUGAAGAACCUCGUACUUCCAUCAGCCAGUGAAGCUCAAGCCAUAUGGACUAACAAGUUCGGUUUCAGCGAGAUGAGCCAAGAUGAUCAAAACAAGUACAGAAAUGACUAUCCUUUGAUGAUCUUUCAAGGAACAUCAAUGCUGGAAAAGUCAGUCCCAAAGUGCCGGAUUGUUGGUAAAUAACUUGGUGGAGAGGUGGAAUGAAUUUCUGUUAAGAUGGAGAAGCCUUGUUAUUUUUGUAGAGCUUUUUACCCUAGAAAAUGUAGAGUGGUUCAUUGUCUUUCCAUGUACAGGGGGGAGUAGUGGUAAAGUUUAUAGCUUGUUUUUGUUUAUUAUGAUUAUAAUGUGGGUUUACUUACAUACAGAAAAAGAGAGAAUGAGAGAGAUAGCAUAGUCAAGACACAAUUUUGGGGUAGUUGACUGGAUUCAAAGGGAUGUUUUCCCAAUUUUGAAAUCUGUGUAUGGAUCCUUCUUUGAAUUAUUAAGUUAAAAAGAUGCGAAGCUCUUUUGUCUUGGUUGUUGCA